AUGAGAUCUAGGCAGUCUACACCCGCAUUUGGAUCCCUUGAAAUUUCUGGUCUGGUAGAUGGUAAUGAAUAUUACGGAACUAUCGCACGCCACAUUUCGACUAAUGGGACGAAUAACGCAGGCUCAUAUAUUCUUCUGAAUUCGUCCACAGAAAACCCACUUCUAAUAGAAGUACUUCCAGUUCGUUCACACUCCCUCCUAACCCCUCUUCUCCUCGUAGGAUUUCUCAAAUCUUGAAAAAGUCACUCACAAAGAAUGCAAAUAACAAUAAAGCCAACCUCAUCGCUAUACAAUUAAUAAACCUCGUCUCAACUAACACACCCACAGCUCCGCUACCCAUCUCCCCAAGAAAUUCACGCCUACGAAGAAACCUUCCGCUUCCUCCGCGGCGAAAAGAUAGCCUUCACACCAACGCGAAUACUCACCUCUAGCCUCGAGACUCCCUCCACAAAACCGCAUUUCACAACCAAACGAGGCCGUCUCUUCCUCCAUGGCAUACCACUCUUUCUCAAAAAGGACUUCGCUGUGAAGUCGGAGAUUUGGAUAGAUCCUACCAAACUCACAAGCCUACCCAUCAAUACAUUGCGCCUCUCCAAGCCGAACAAGGAGGGAAUGAUUCUGGGUCUGGAUGUUGAGAGUUCCAUCCGCUUGAGGGAGUUGAUGGUGCUGUAUAAGGGGAAUGAGGACGCGUGGAGGUUUGUAAAGGGGAUUAGGAAUAAGAUGGGACGGAAGAGGGAGCUUAUGAGGGUUAAUAGAUGGGCCGAGGUGGAACUUUUGGAAGAGCAGAUUAAGGGGUAUUUGGAGCUGUUGAAGGGGUUGGUUGGUGUUGUGGAGGAUGACAAGGAGUUGGAGGCUAAUGGUGUUACUUGGGCGGGACAAUUGAAGGGGAGGGAUGAGAUUGUUGAGAAGGAGGUUAUGACUAACGAUGAGGGUGCGAUUUUUGAGGGCUUCGUGGAUGUUAGAGAUAGUGGGAAGGAUGAUUGGGUCUAUCUUCAUAGGUGUGGGAAGGAGGGGGCGAGUGUUAAGGUAUGA